AUGACGGACUCCAAAGACGACUUGACUGAAAAAGCGCACUUCGACCCUAACUGGAUUGCUUGGAAUGGAGGAUUUCUACACUCCAAUAACGUGUUGUUUUAUUUUGCAACCUCCCCUUUCUUUGAUCAUGUGUCUGGGAAUCAAUCGCUGUUCACCCAAUGGGCCGGCACUCCCAAUCAAAACGAGAUCUUAGGCACGAGAGCCAAAUUUGAGGCUAACCUACGUCACCAACGUGGGAUCCAGUAUGUGGUCGAGCAUGAUCCUCUCGAGGAAAAGGUCAUGUUUGAUGGCCCCAACGGUCCAGAGAAAUCCAAUGUUUGGGUUAUCCGAAAGCAAAACAGAGAGAGCGAGAGCGACAGCGGUGUCACCAUCUUGGGCUAUUACUACAUUGUCAAUGAUGUGAUAUUCCAAGCUCCUCCGGUCGCUAGCAUUUUCAAAUAUCGCAUGUUGAACACGGUCUCGGCUCUCCAUCAAAUCUUUUCUGCCCCUUCGGAUCUGUCAUUUUUCUCGGCCUCUCAUGGCCACACAUACCACAAGCCAGUGCAGAAAUCGACCACUCGGGCUCUAUCCGGCCUUUCUCAGCAGAGCCAAGAGGGAACACCAUUACCAGAUACUCAAGCAUCUUCGACCGAAAAGAAUCCAGCCGGGUCUGUUCAGCCACAUGAAGAUACCGACAACAGUACGAGGACAGCGUGGGAUGCUCUCCGAAUGACUUUGCAGUAUGGCAUGGAAUACGUGGAUGACAUGCCUUUGGUUGGUGAGCCGGGGAGUUUCAGAUUUUCGAAGUCCAAGGACGCUUCAAGCGGUCAGGCCAAGGAUCAACUGCCUCCUUCAAGCGCGGCCACUCCUGGUCAAUCUCGGGCGACUUCCGCAAUUCCCUCGGCACCCAGCAAUCCCACCGCGGGACCCAAGGGCCCAAAAACAUUGCCGGAAGGACCAGCAAAACCGAAAAGAAGGAAAAGCAAAGCCAGCGAACCUAGUCCGUGA